UGUGAGAGUGAGCCCCAGGUAGAGCCCUGCGUUGAGCCCUGCAUCAAGCAGAUUCUCUCUCUUGCUUUCUGCCUGUAGACGCCGUCAUGUCAGAGUCUCCCAAAGAGCCUGAACAGCUGCGGUUUUCAUCAGCGGUUUGGGCUUUGAACCAACCGAUGAGAGUCUGAGGAGCCAUUUUGAGUAAUGGGGGAACGCUUACAGACUGUGUGGUAAUGAGAGAUCCAACACCAAGCGCUCCAGAGACUUUGGGUUUGUCACGUAUGCCAUUGUGGAAGAGGUGGACGCAGCCAUGAAUGCAAGGCCACACAGGUGGAUGGAAGAGUUGUAGAACCAGAGAGGGCUGUCUCAAGAGACGAGUCUCAAAGACCUGGUGCCCGCUUAACAGUGAAAACGAUUUCUGUCGGUGGCCUUAAAGGAGACCCUGAAGCACACAUCCUAGAGAUUAUUUUGAACAGAAUGGGAAAACUGAAGUGACUGAAAUCAUGGCUGACCGAGGUAGUGGCAAGAAGAGAAUUUUGCUUUUGUAACAUUUAAUGAUCAUGACUCUGUAGACAAGAUUGUCAUUCAAAAAUACCAUACUGUGAAUGGCCACACUGGGAAGUGAGGAGAGCCCUAUUUAAGCAGGAGAUGGCUGGUGCUUCAGCCAGCCAGAGAGGUCAAAGUGGUCCUGGAAACUUUGGUGGUGGUUGUGGUGGGAAUGACAACUCUGGUCGUGGGGGAAACUUCAGUGGGCGAGGUGGCUUUGGUGGCAGGCGAGGUGGCUUUGGUGGCAGGCGAGGUGGUGGUGGACGUGGUGGCAGUGGGGAUGGCUGUAACGGAUUUGGUAAUGAUGGAAGCAGUUUUGGAGGUGGCGGAAGCUAUAAUGAUUUUGGCAAUUACAACAAUCAAUCUUCAAAUUUUGGACCCCUGCAAGGAGGGAAGUUUGGAGGCAGAAGCUCUGUGCCCUAUGAUGGUGGAGGCCAAUACUUUGCCAAACCAGAAACCAAGGUGGCUGUGGCAGUUCCAGCAGCAGCAGUAGCUAUGGCAGUGGCAGAAGGUUUUAAUUACUGUCGGGAAACAAAGCUUAGCAGGAGAGGAGAGCCAGGGAAGUAACAGGGAAGCUACAGGUUACAACAGGUUUGUGAGCUCAGUCAAGCACGGUGGUGGCAGGGCCUAGCUGCCACAAAGGAGCCAUGUUUUAGACAAUAUUCAUGUGUAUGGGCUAAAACCCAAGGACUAUAUUCAUGACUAAUUAUAUAACAGUUUAUUUUAGUUUCUGUUCUGUGGAAAGUGUAAUGCACUCCAACAAAGGGUUUUAAUGUAGAUAUUUUUUUUGCACCCAUGCUGUUGAUUUCUCAAUGUAAUAAUCUAAUCAUGAUGCUGAAUAACUAUGUCUUU